AUCUCAGUAUAGCUAUAUAUAAACAUUCAUAUAUUCAUCUUUCUUCUGCAAUUCAGAAAAAAAAAAACACAUCCAUGGCAAGUGUCAACUCAGCUGCUGCCACUGUCAGAAGGCUUGAGGGGAAAGUGGCGAUUAUCACUGGUGGUGCCAGCGGCAUAGGUGAGGCCACCGCAAGACUCUUCUCUAAGCACGGAGCUCAUGUGGUGAUAGCUGAUAUUCAAGACGAUUUGGGUCUUUCUCUCUGCAAUGAGUUAGAAUCUGCUAUAUAUGUUCACUGUGACGUUACAAAGGAAGAAGACGUUGAAAACUGCGUCAAUGUAGCUGUUUCCAAGUACGAGAAACUGGACAUCAUGGUUAAUAACGCUGGUCAAUUGGAUGAGUUCAAAAGAAGCAUAUUGGACAACACAAAGUCUGAGUUUGAGAGAGUGAUAAGAGUGAACAUGGUUGGUCCAUUUCUAGGAACAAAGCACGCGGCAAGGGUGAUGAUUCCUGCAAAAAGGGGUUGCAUAAUUAACACAGCUAGUGUUGCAGGAUGCAUAGGUGGAGGUGCUACACAUGCCUACACCAGUUCAAAACAUGGGCUUGUGGGGCUGACGAAAAACACUGCGGUGGAGCUUGGACAAUUCGGUAUUCGGGUGAACAGUGUAUCGCCUUAUCUGGUUGCCACACCGAUGUUGAAUGAGUAUUUCAAUCUUGAUGAAGAAGGAGUUGGUGAGGCUUAUUCGAACCUAAAAGGUUCUUAUCUUGUGACCAGGGAUGUGGCCGAAGCUGUUGCUUAUUUGGCUGAGUCUAAGUAUGUUAGUGGUCACAAUCUUGUGUUAGAUGGAGGAUUCUCCAUUACAAAUGCAGGAUUUUCUCCUUGGCAGUCUCAGUAAAAGCAUUGGUUGAUGACGACUGUUCAGAAACUAUUCCUGCCCAACAUAUGUGAAGAGAGAGGGCAAUAGAUAUUGGAUAACUCUCUUUAACAA